CAUCGCCCUGUCAACAUCAAAGCACAAACAAAAAAAGCUAGUGACAACGACAGUUUUAUUAACAUACUGCUGGUCUUUUUUCCACAAUUUGAACAGGACCAACAAAGUAUCUGCUUUGUCAGAGGCUAAAUGUGCUGGAAAUGUGCUAGCGUCCUGGUCCCCUUUAAAUCGCCGAAAUGACAUUAAGCAGGGCUUCUGGCAGCCUUUGCUGGAUCCAGAGAUCGUUGAUACGGUUUUGCUGUGUGGGAGGGAGGAAGACAACGCGAGCGGCUAGUGCUGGAUGUGUGUGCACCUUGAAGACCUCGUUGCCGGAGUGCUAGUCAAUGGAUUCGUCCCUGAAGCGCAACUGAUGGUUAAUGCAAUAUUACCAUUAUAUUUAUGGAGGAGACUACAGCCUACAUGCAGGAUAGCACUACGUUACAUUAAACGUUAAAUAUUUCGUCGAAGAUUGCUCCCAGAUUGUGCCGUUUUUCCUGCAGCCUCGUGCCCUUUUGACACCUGGCCGCCUCAAGUGUGCGGAGCGUCGCCGCCAUCUGUGUCCAACCGGAACAGGGUCUGAUCCACCGCCAUGGGCUCGAAGGGUGUGGAGAGGCGUAAGCCCCACACACCUGCGCAGACGCCCGAGGGCAACGUGGUCAUGAGCUUCAGCUUCGAGAGCUACCAGCUGGAGGAGGAGGAAUGCCACAGCAAAGACAUAUCUGAAAAAGGAGUCCUCGCUCUGUCUGAGCCAGCGUUUGAGGAGCCUAUUCCAGAUGAUCGUUACCAUGGGAUAUACUUUGCCAUGUUGCUGGCUGGAGUUGGCUUUUUACUGCCUUACAACAGUUUUAUCACAGAUGUGGACUACCUACACCAUAAAUUCGAAGGCACUUCCAUUGUCUUUGACAUGAGUCUGACGUACAUCCUCAUUGCCUUGGUGGCUGUGAUUCUGAACAAUGUUCUAGUGGAGAGGCUGAGCCUGCACACCAGGAUCACAGUGGGUUACGUCUUUGCUCUGGGCCCGCUGCUGUUUGUCAGCGUCUUUGAUGUGUGGCUGGAGAAGUUCACCACAAAGCAGGCGUAUGUCAUCAACUUGGUCUCCGUGGGUGUUGUGGCAUUUGGAUGCACAGUGCAGCAGUCGAGUUUCUAUGGCUACAUGGGGAUGCUUCCAAAGAGAUACACACAAGGCGUUAUGACAGGAGAAAGCACCGCAGGGGUCAUCAUCUCCCUCAGCCGCAUCUUCACCAAGUUGCUGAUCAAGAACGAGAGGAAGAACACCAUCAUCUUCUUCCUCAUCUCCAUCUGCAUGGAGUUCAUGUGCUUCCUGCUGCACCUGUUGGUGCGACGCACGCACUUCGUCCAGUACUACACCAGCCUUGCCCGCCAAGGCCUCAGCCAUCCCAAGGAUCACGGCCACCAGCCCGGCUCCGAGUACCAGGUCCACCAUGAUGUCAUUACAGAGGAAGUAAGAUUUGGCAAUGGUGCAGUGGGCGGUUCACCCCUAGAGGAGCGGCAGGAGGGGGAAUAUGCAGGGGGAAACGCAUAUGUUAGGUUUGGCAUCCCCAAAGCUAAAAUCAAGAAGAGCUGGCCAGGGUUAAAGGAUAUGAUCCUGCACCGAUAUGUAGUGUCCCGUGUCAUCUGGACCUAUAUGCUAUCAAUAGCCAUCACCUACUUCAUCACCUUGUGCCUAUUUCCUGGUCUGGAGUCUGAGAUACGCAAUCCCACGUUAGGGGAAUGGCUGCCUAUCCUUAUCAUGGCUAUCUUUAACAUGGCUGACUUUGUUGGCAAAAUCCUGGCUGCUAUUCCCUACGAAUGGCAAGGUAGCCGUCUGCUAUUCUUCUCCUGCCUGCGAGUGGUUUUCAUCCCCCUGUUCAUCAUGUGCGUGUAUCCCGCUCAGCGGCCUGCCCUCGGGCACCCGGCCUGGCCCUGCAUCUUCUCCCUACUCAUGGGCGUCACUAAUGGCUACUUUGGCAGCGUGCCCAUGAUCCAGGCGGCGGGCAAAGUGGCCCCCGAACAGAGGGAACUAGCAGGUAACACUAUGACGGUGUCCUACAUGGCCGGCCUGAUGCUGGGAUCUGUAGUGGCCUAUGCAGCCUACAGUUUCACUGCCCAAGGGUCCUUGCCCCACCCAGACACACACUAUAACUACACACUACUGACUGGCCACUGACUCUCUGCGACCCAGCACGACCUCUCUGCCAAACAACAAUGUCUACAAUGUCCAUUCCAUGAAACACGUCACAAGGUGACUGUAUGUAUGCUUCAAUGUAGCAAGAUCUCGGCUAAACACCAUUUCACAUACAACCACACAUAUCGCAGGCUCUGUGCUGUGCUAACCACUCAGAUUUAUACAGAAUGUAGUCCGUGAAGCGGAACAGGUCAUAGACGUGUAAAGAAAUAGAUGUAUAUGCUGCAUUGUGUUGCCUCUCACUGUGUACUUUGGUUUCGCUAUAAAUCUACAUGGCAUAUGUGCGCCCCCUUGUGUCAAAACGGGUGAAUUUUCUCUGUUGCUGUUCAAUGUUUAUGUUUGUUAAAUGCUUAUGUUUGGAGGAUCCAUAACGCUGUGAAUUUUUAUUUGGCCCAAUACUGAGCUGGUAUGAAAGAAGACAUACAGAGUACAGUCAAUGUGUUGAAACUACACUGGACACUGAUGGAGGUUCUGCCAGCAUUUUUGUUUAGUUUUCUAAAAAACAAAAAGUCUAAGGGAUCCACAAAGGGAAUCCGUAAAUGUUUACUGUAAGAUAAAGUGUCUUUUAAAUGGAGCCUGAUUGAUUUACCUCUUUGCUAAUGCAAGUUGAAUGUUCAUUACUGUGAAUAAAAGCUUUUUUUAUUUUUA